AUGGAUGUCAAGCACGUGGAGAGUUGCGAGUACCACGCUAGGGAAGGGGAUCGAGAAUGUAGGGACGAAGUGAAAAAAGUGAUGGACAAACUUAUAUAUGAAAGGAAGAAAAACUUUCAAGGACAAGAUAACUACUGUCGCAAUCCAUCCGUGAGUAUAUGUCCCAAUGUGUACUGUAAUAUAUAUACAGAUCUACACAAUUGGUUUGGAUUUAAAAACUGCAAAAAAAUAGACACCGAAUCUUUAAACACCUGUUUUACGGACAUAGCCAAUGGGGGGGUGGGUUAUUACGAAAAACUUAUCGUGUUGGGAGGAAGAAUAUUGGAGCUAUACAGUGAGUUGCAUUUUUUUAACAAGUACAAUUAUGAGAAGGAUGAGGAGGUUCUCCAAGAUUUAUGUACGCUCAAAUCAGUAAAAGAAGUUGUCUUCCAAUACCUGUAUGUACAGAAGAGAAAAAAUAGAGUUAAUUACAGAAAUAGCUUGUACUUAUUUGGAUACUCUUAUCUAUACACUCCUCUAUUUUUCAGAAAUAAAAAUUCCAUUAUAAAGUAUGUGAAGGCAUGCAUAGCGUAUGCUGUCAAAUUUAGUGGUGCCAAUAUAUUUUCAUGGAUGCCUUCCUUGAUAGAGCAUAUUUAUCAUUCACAGAAGGUGAAGGGAUCCGAGAUGGAAGAAGAGAACGAAUUGAUACAAGAUCUGCAGGAGUUUUUUGGUUACCAGUUUGACUACGUGUUGCCUCGAAUAGCCGAGUGUUUCAGUCAACACAAUUUAUACAUUAGCACUUCCCAUCUCACGGGUCUGCAAAUCGUGCGCAUUUUCGCGAACGAGUACUUUUCCCUGUUGGCCGAUGACGUGAACAUCGAGGGGAAGGAGAAGACCACGUGGGUACGCGAAGAAACGGAGGCAUUCCUAAACUCCCAUUGUAUUGAAAUAUUUAGCGGCUGCAUGUUAUCUCUGCACAAGUACCUCGGUGAAAAGGGGGUGAAGGUGGGUAAAAUAAAGAGCAUAUUUGAAAUGCUCUUGUCCUCCUGUUGGGUACUGGGAAGUGAGAAAAGAAACAAAGUGUGGGCAUGUGCCCUGGUGCAGAGGUUAAGGCAAGUACAGCUGCUCACACAGAUUACUACCAUCGAGAAAUGGUCGUACAGCAUUAAAAAAUAUAACGACCUGAAUAUACAGAACUUUGUAAAAGACAUAUACAAUUUUAACAACAUCAAUGGAAGUAUCUUGUCUCCUUUCCAAUUACAAAACGUUAACAUUUAUUUACCCCCCAAGGAGGGGCCCUUGAAGGAAAUUCCUUACUAUACUACGCUAGCCGACAGGUAUAAGGACCGUUUUCCCCACGGGAAAGGUGUAAGGCAUGGAGGUAACGACAGCAGCAACAACAGGAUCAGCCGAAACAUGAGCAACAAGAACUGUCAGCUCUAUGACGUUAUAAAUAACAUUACCAAUAACAUUUAUAAGCGGUUCAGACCCAGGAGGCCCAGGAAUAGAGGUUCCUCCGAUGUCACGCGCUUGGUCUACACGAACAGGGAUGAGUGCCCUCCAGACAUGAGUUACCACGACCUGAAGGCUAGCCUUGCUUCGGAUGAUUCCACCAAGUACGACGCUGCCCAUGAUUUGGACGUGGACGAUGAAGAGGAAGACACCUACGGGGAGGAGGAAGAUCUAGUCAUGCCGUACAGCGCGGAGGAAGGAACACAGGUAAAGGGCCUCAAAACAGGGAAAAAUGGAAUCCCUGUAAAAAUAAAAUACAUUAAGGAUGCAGCGGACGAUCGGAACUCCAAAUAUGUCAUAGAAAUUCCUAAACGAGACUUAGCCGGGCGGGGAAGUAAGAACCACGUGAAAGCAGUUCUCUGGGGAAAUGGCAAAAAGGGCCUGGAAAUCAAACUUCCAUCUGAGAGUGACCUCAUGCCAGAUGUGCGAAUUAGAUGA